AUGAGCACCCCAUCUCCCGCCAAGUGGGCGUUCCACGACCCGACCUCAACCUCAUCCUACAGUGUCACGCCUUCUUCCACCAACUCUUACACGAUCAGCAUCGCCUCCGGUAAGCGCACGGACUGGUGGACGUCGGCCCCGCACUCGGUGCCUGAGUCCUCGGCACACCGCACCUCGGGUCCGCUCGUGUACCAGACCCUGCAUAUCGACCCACGAGAGAACUGGAAGCUGUCUGGCACCGUGCAGCAGGCGGGCAGCGAGCGGUAUCAACAGUCGACACUGUUCAUCCGUCGCGCACCUCCUUCCGGCCCGUCGUCUUCGGUGGAGGACAGUGAGGGCCAGACGUGGUUGAAGGCCGGGAUCGAGAACGAGGGCGGACGGAAGUACGUCGGUGUGGUCGCAACCAGCCCUUAUUCGGAUUGGAACGUCUCCCCCCUCCCAUCGCGCUCUCCUUCGAGCGUCUACCUUGAGAUCGAGAAGACCGGCCCGGACGUGCACGUCUACUACACUCUACCCUCCUCUUCCCAAGAGGCGGAAGAACGGCUGCUGUUGCGCGAAAAGAAGGGUUUCGCUCCACUGGGGGGAGAAGAGAAGGAAGAGUGGUGGAUCGGCGCCAUGGUGUGUGGACCGCUGAGCGAGAAGACAGAAGGUCGCGUGGAGGGGUGGACUUUCGAGCUUCUCCCAGCUUCAGCCGGACAACACUAG